GAUAGAUAGAUAGAUAGAUAGAUAGAUAGAUAGAUAAGUGGGUGCACUGUUGCAGGCGGCGAAGGCGAAAGUAAAAGCUCUCUCACACACACACGCACGCACGCGCACGCCCGCGCGCACACACGCACAUGCACAGGCGCGCGCGGAGCUGCAGAGUGGAGGUGCCAUGCAAAUGCGUGUUAGAAAGAGGAACUGGCGGCCCGACAAACUGAACUCAAGCUGAGAAGCUUCAGGAUUCAGGAUCUUCAGUUUGGCGGUUGGUGUAGCGCUUUUGUGCUCCUGCUCGACCUUCCACCUGCAGAUCCGACCGGCAGGAGGCUGAUGGACCUCUUCCUGUUCGCAGUGCGAGAUUUUUAAACUCUGAUUAUUCUUAAAUAAAAUCUCAUUAAAGGCCUGCGAGUGAAGACACUUCCGGGGGAAAAGCCGCUAUACGCUGUAGCACAGUUGCUGGAAUUCUGAGGGAACGUUGCUGAAGUAUGGAUGAAUGGAAUUUGGGCUUGGAGACCUUGAACGAGGUGGCACUGAACAGACUCGCAGAAAUGCUGGACAAUUCAAACUGUGGCUGGAGACAACUGGCAGCAGCAUUUAAAGAGCAGUCGAAAUUCUUCUGCAGUGAGAAGGAGAUGACCAGCUGCUCUCUUCAGGUGCUCAAUGCUCGUGGCAGUCCUAGCCGAUACCUGCUGUCUUUGCUCGCUGAAAAGAAAUGCCCGCUGGCCUUGUUGCUGCAGUGCCUUAAAAAGAUCGAACACCACAAUGCUGCCAGUUUACUCACUACAUAUGUGGAACCAAUAAAGAUACUGACAAAUCCUCAGACUGUCCAGGUCCCGAUAGGUAGCACAGUAACGCUGGUCUGCAAAGCUGUUGGCCCGCCGGGACUCACCUACCAGUGGUUCAGGAAAAAAGAAGAGGUGCCUGGUGGAAAUGCCUCGGAGCUGAUUCUGAAGCCAGCUCAGGAAGGCUCCUACAUUUGUCGCGUCAACUCCGAGGGGAAAUACGUGUUCAGUGGGUGGGCUUACGUCCGAGUGUUUCGCCCUUACGAUUCAGGCUCUGAGGUGAGCUUCCCAUCAUCAGUGAGCAGGCUGUGUAUAACAGAGCAGCCCAGAGCUCAGCUGCUGUCUGAGGGCGAUACUUUACUUCUGGAAUGUUCUGCACAAGGAAACCCACCUCCCCAGUUUCAGUGGUACCACAACCAGCAACCUCUCCUGAAGGCUAUCAGACAUUUCAUAAAGAUUCCGUGUGUUACCACAGCAGACAGAGGUGUCUACAGAUGCAGAGUGUUUACUCCCAAUCAUGAGCUGUGGAGCGACAAUGUGCAAGUAGAAAUUGGUCCUGGGUCCUGCGCUGAGGCCUACUGGGAAGCCAAUGAUGAACACAAAGCCGAUUCUCUUCCACGACAGAUGGGGGAUUUAUAUGCCACAGACAAGGUGGCACUGCUGAUGGGGAAUAUGAAUUACGCGCACCAUCGCGAGCUCAGAGCCCCCAUGGCUGAUGUGUAUGAGCUGAGCAACCUCUUGCGGCAGCUCGAUUUCAAAGUGGUCUCGCUGCUCGACCUCAACCGGCACGAGAUGCACCGAGCCGUCAGCGAGUUCCUGCUGCUGCUCGGCCGCGGAGUCUAUGGGCUGCUUUACUUUGCUGGACACGGUUAUGAGAAUUAUGGAAACAGCUUCAUGGUGCCGAUAGACGCCCCGGCAUCGUACACCUCGGAUCACUGUCUGUGGGUGCAGGACGUCCUACAGCGCAUGCAGGAGCGGCAGACUGGCCUCAACGUCUUCUUGCUUGACAUGUGUCGCAAGCGAAACCUGAAUGAUGACAUCAUUCAGCAGCCUGGGCCGCUGAAAGUCACGGCAAACAUCGUGUUUGGCUACGCAACAUGCGUUGACGCGGAGGCUUUUGAGGUCAACAAAGAUGACCUGUCCAAUGGCAUCUUCAUGAGCUUCCUGAAGAAGAGACUGAUGGAGCAGGAGAAGGUCACCGUCAUGCUGGACAGAGUAGCUGAAGAUAUGGGAAGAUGCGAGUUGACCCGUGGUCGGCAGGCCCUGGAGCUGCGGAGCAACCUAUCGGAGCGGCGGACUCUGACGGAUCGUAUUCAGGCACCAGAGUGUCCAGUUAUGGCUUCGACACGCAACCUGCAGUGGUCUAUAGCACAUGCUCUUCCUGAGAGUCGCGUGCUUCAGUUUGACUGUGGUGUGAAGGUGCAGUUGGGUUUCGCAGCAGAGUUUUCCAACAUCAUGAUCAUCUACACCCGGAUACUAGAGACACCGGCAGACAUCAGAACCUGCUCCGCCGAGCUGUCUGAUUUUACUGAGGGCCCAGAGGUGGAUCUUAAGCGUACCAAUCAGGCGAGUCUCCGAGACGCUGGGAGUUUGCUGUUAGUCAUGGACGAUCGUCUACAACAAGAGCAGCCUCGACUCUUCACUCGUCUUUGUGCACUGCAAAGACUCAAGAACGAGCUAUCAUUCACUGUGUGUCUGCACUUUCAGUAUGAUAAUCUCGACGAGGCGGUGCACGAACAGCGAAAUGUAACCGUAGGUAAGCCUCUGGUUUCCAAACUGAACCUUCACGAGCCACAUCGGCUCCACACUUCGACAGCAUCGUUCUCUUCUGACCUGCAGUCUACCAGCAUGCCACUGUACUCGUCGUUUGCUCAAGAUUUGCAGGCCAGUUUGCCCUCCUUUACCAGUGCUUCCUUUGCUGAAUCGACUGACGCCUGCUUUUAUACCCAUCCGGGAAUUUCCUCCGCUUCUGAUCUGAGGAGGAUAAAUGAACCAGAGGAGAACAUCAGCCCUGAGUUCCUCAUGUCAGUGGAACCCAGAGCGUCCAAGAGUUUGACCCACGCUGCUGUGGACAAGCCUCCGAAUUUCAGCCACUUUCACUCCUUUUAGUGUGACAAGAAGAAAUGAAAGAAAUGCAAGUUGAAGCCGAAAAGCGCAGCUGCCCAGUGGUGCUUAGUUCUGAGUCAUUUCUUGUAUAUGAGAGCCUCAAGGCAUUACAAAAACAUGAUGCUAUCUUUAUGGUGCAAGCAAUUAAUCUGAAUGUAUAUUUUAUAAAAAAUGAUUUACGAUCUACUUUGGAGAACAUGUACAUGUGUAUAAAUGUCAUCCAGUUAGCCGAUAGAAGCAUAACAGAGUAGAACAUGGUGGACAAUAGUACAAUAUUAAAGUCUUAAAUGUAUAUCGUGUUUUGAAAUAUGUAGAGAUUAGGGAUGCAUAAUAAAAUUAUGAAAUGUGGUUUA